CAAUAGUUUAUUUGAUUCUUCCCGCCCUGAACGAGUUCUGAAAGCGGGUUUUUUUUUCACUUUCUUUCGGUUGUUUUUUUUUCUCUGUAUGGCCCAAAGAAGAAGAACGUGCAUAGAUGAGAGAGAUGAGAUAUAUUCGCCACUGUUUACCAUCUUACCAUUGGCGAUGAGAAAUUCUUCAUGUCCUUAACCUCUUUUUUUUUCUUUUUUGCCUCUUCUUUCUUUUCUUUUCUCUUUUCUCUUUUCUUUUCUCCUCUUCACCUUCUCCUCCAUCCUCCAUCCUCCCCCACAAACCACGACUCCUAUUUUUUUAUUUUUCAUCUCCUUCAGCCAUGCCUCACCACGAGACUGAUCCUCUUAUCGAGCGCGUUGAACGCGGCCUUGGAUUGAACAGGGAACAUCUAUAUGAACCUCGCAGCAAGUGGGCUGGCGUUCGCCACAAGUUCAGAAAGGCUUUUGCAGAGUUUUUCGGAACUCUUCUCUUGAUUGCCUUUGGUUCCGGAGCUGUUGCUCAGUUGAUCUUCUCAAACAACAGUUCGUGGUUCGCCAUGUGCUUUGGAUGGGGUCUUGGAUUGGUUGUUGCUAUUUAUGUUGCUGGAGGUGUCUCGGGCGCUCACUUGAACCCUGCUGUCACCCUUACUCAAGCUGUCUUCCGCGGAUUUUCGUGGGCUGAGGUUCCUAUCUACUGGGCUGCUCAAUUCCUUGGUGCCUUUGUUGGUGCUCUCAUUGUCUACAUCGCCAACUACUCUAGCUUCAAGGGACUCGAUAACGAUGCAACCAUUGGUAUCUUCAUUACUGGACCUCAAAAGUAUGUCAGCACUGGAACUGCAUUCUUUGUAGAGUUCGUUGGCACUGCUCUCUUGCUCAUCGCUAUUCUUGCCACAUCGGACAAGGGCAACCUUCCUGCUGGCAACUUCCAGCCUUUGGUCCUUGGCUUGGUCUUGGUCCUGAUUGGUGAUUCGUUCGGUCACCAGACUGGAUUCGCCCUCAACCCUGCCCGUGACUUGGCCCCUCGUCUGUUCACUGCCUUGUUUGGCUGGGGCUUUGGUGCUUUCAGCCGUCAGGGAUGGUACUUCUGGGUCCCCAUUGUCGCACCCUUCACUGGCGCUCUCGGUGGUGCCUUCAUCUACGAUCUCCUCAUUUAUUCCAGCGGUCCUAGCCCCUUGAACAACUAAGUGUUGGAUCGUUUUUGCUCUAACAGAGGAUGGUAGAUGUUGUAUAUAAAGAUGAAUAAUAUAUAUAUCGACGCGUUGAAUAAAAAAAAUAAAAUGCAUGU